AUGGUCGAGGUGACGUACGAUGUUCCCUGGUUUCGCCACUCUUGCGUUGAUUGGGCUCCUGUCUGCAAGAUGCCCGUGAAGAGAUCGCAGCUCAGUCCUUACACGCAGUCUCUCAUCCAGGAAGGCCAGGUCGUGUCGGAGACUCCUAAGUUGGUUCCUUACCUGGGGAAGCACGUCAGGGAAGGAGUGGACAUCCGUUACCUCAAGUUCAUCGCCGAGCACCUCCACGUUCGAAUCUUCGAUUUUAGCAGCUGCGUGGUCUUUCGCUGCAGGGCAUUCAUGAGGAGCUUUGUUCGCCAGACCGUGGAGACCCGUCGUGAGUACAAGAAGAGCGGCCGCAAGCUGCAGGCGGAAGUUCAAAAACUCACGGGCAAUGUGCAAUACGGUAAAAUGGUGCAAAACCAAGAAAGCUUUCGAACCACCCGUGUGUACACAGACGGCAUGAAGUUCCAAAAGGCCGCAUCUGGGCCCGCCAUGCUCGACAUCCACCCGCAGAUCGUGGAGGAGCAUGCUUUCUUGGCCUUCGUCGAUGUGCAGAAGGCCGGCAACGCGAAGGUCUUGAGAUCGUUUCUCCAAGGAGGGUGGAAGGUGCUGGAGGAGUCACGCUUGCUGAUGAUGAAGGCGCACUACGGGAUCCGCCGUGUUUUCGACGGAGAUCUUCUCAAGAGCAUCGACCCGGCGGAUGACUCGAGCGACAUGAAGCCCGAACAGAGCCGCGUGAGAUGGCUUGGUGGGGACACCGACAGCAGCGUCCUGCAGAUCUUCAGUGAUCAAGACCCGAAGAUCGCCUUGGCUAAGGCCAACUUGCGAGGCGCCGCUCCUUUCUUCGACGUGGCCGGCGAUGCGAAGGGCGACGCUCUGAAGGAGCACCUGGCUCCGUUGUGUGAGGAAAGUCGAGAGCUGGCGCUUCGUCGCGCUGGCGAGCUCGGCAACUUCUCGGACGAGUUGGCUCCUCACUACGGCGUCGAGUGGGUCGGUCUGGCGCCGAAGAUGUACUCGCUUUCCAAGACAGAAGGCGAGAGCAAGGAGCGGGCCAAGGGCGUUCCGAAGAGCGAGCGCAAGAAGCUGGACCACGACCUUUACAAAGCCAUCUUGGAGAGCGGUGGCGAGCACAAGGUCGAGUUCUGUCGCCUGGGCUGUCGCCAUCACGUGAACGAGGUCGUGCAGAUCCAGAAGCGAGGCCUCACAGCACUGAACACGAAGGCUUGGCAGCUCGACUCGCAUCGCUCCAGACCGCUCGGGCACUUCAAGAACAACGACGUCUGGGCAGCGUGCUGGGCGGCGCUGCAAAGAGGCGAGCGCGGCUUCGAGGGGCGCUCCGAUGUGGCGGCCUUCCACCUGAUGAACCACAUCCUCGGCUUCGUGGAUGGCGAGGUUGGCUUCUUGCAUCGCGAGAGGAUGAGCGAUGGGCAGUUCAAGGGCAAGUUGCACAACACCAGUUACCUCCGAUCGUCCUGA